AUGGACCCACCCGACAAAGUGACCAUUCUCCUACCCGAGCUCUUCACAUCAUUCCUGGCAGACGAGCCAAGGCUCCACACCGCCUACGACAAAGUCCGACGAGAGUCAGAGACGGCCAUUAUCGAAUUCUGCAACUACGACCAUCGAGUGGCCACCAUCGUGCGCAAAGGUGAUUUCAGCCGUUUCGUCGCCAUUGCAGCGCCGGAUGCCGAAGAAAGUCGCCUUCGAUUGUAUUGCGACUGGUGCAAUUGGGUCUUUCCCUACGAUGACCUCUUUGACAAUGGAAAACUCAAGCUCGAUGCUGCCGCAGCACAAGCAAAAAUGCAAGCGCUCUUCGCCACCAUGGAAUCAACCGAAGAGGGAGCUGACACCGAGCAAUGCCACCUCAUUCGCUUUCACAAUGCCAUCUGGUCGCAGCUACAGGCUAGUGCACCGCCUGGCGUACAGAGACGUUUCCUGAAGACAAUGCACCGCUUCUGCGAUGCUGUCCUGAAGCAGGUCUUCAAAGUGGCUGCAGAGGAGACACCGACCUUGUCCGAGAUGUUAAAGAUUCGGCGACAAUCAGCCGGCGUGGCUCCGCUGUAUCCUUUCUUCGAGUACGCACAUGCAUUGGAUCUGCCGGAUGAGUUCUUUGACAGUGCAUGGGUUCAAGAGCUUGAAGAACUCGGUAUGGACUCUAACUCGUGUAAGGCGGAAGGCGUUCCACAUAACGUGGUUGCCAUAUGUCGCAUUCGCGGCCUCUCGGCACAAGACGCAUUCGACCACGUUGGCCAUAUGCUUGACGACCGUCUUGCUCGUAUCAAGUCGUGCAUUUCGACCCGACCACAUUACGAGGACCAGCGGCUCGACCAUGAAGCAGACGGCUACAUCGAAGGAGUACUAAACACCCUCCGCGCCAACCUUUACUGGUCUUUUGCGAGCAGACGCUAUCUUGGCGAUCAAGCCGACGUGGUGCGACGCACGCGAAGGGUCGAGGUCCUCAAGGAUCCAGCUUUCAUGGGACAAUCCUCGGAGCAGCUGGCAUCAGUCGUGCUCGAGAAGUGA